AAGAAACUGCCGAGGGAACGCGUGCAUUUUCGGAGCCGAGAAAGCAAAAAAGUAUCACCAUGUCCUACACAGUUAAAAUCGGACCGUCUAUUCUGAACAGCGAUCUGGCAUGUCUGGGCUCAGAAUGCAUACGAAUGCUGGACUGUGGCGCCGAUUACCUCCACUUGGAUGUGAUGGACGGGCACUUCGUACCCAACAUCACCUUUGGUCACCCUGUGGUGGAGUGUCUUCGGAAGCAGUUGGGGCAGGGCCCUUUCUUUGACAUGCAUAUGAUGGUUUCCAGACCAGAGCAGUGGGUGAAGCCAAUGGCAGCAGCAGGAGCAAAUCAGUACACCUUCCACCUGGAGGCCACAGUCAAUGCCGGGGCUCUGAUCAAAGACAUCCGGGAGAAUGGCAUGAAGGUUGGCUUGGCUAUCAAACCUGGCACCACAGUGGAGGAGCUGGGUCCCUGGGCAGGGCAGAUCGACAUGGCCCUGGUGAUGACAGUGGAGCCUGGCUUCGGGGGGCAGAAGUUCAUGGAAGACAUGAUGCCCAAGGUGAACUGGCUGAGAACACAGUUCCCUUCCUUGGAUAUAGAGGUAGAUGGAGGAGUGGGGCCUGACACUAUUCAUAAAUGUGCUGAGGCCGGAGCGAACAUGAUUGUGUCGGGGAGCGCCGUCAUGAAGAGCGACGACCCCAGGUCAGUCAUCAACCUGCUGAGGAACGUCUGUAUGGAGGCCAUUCAGAAGCGAUCGCUGGACCGCUGAAGGGACACGUGGCUCCGGGGGGCCUGUCCGCUUGCUGGGACUGUCGCUGAACCUGUAGGCCUUUCAGGGGGUGAAGAGUUUCACCAACUGGAUGACCAAAAUGAAAAAAGGUUUUUUUAAGCCUAACCCCCCCUACUGACAGGUAUCCACCCAUUAUGAUGACAUCACAAGUUUGCUGUUUUUUUCAAAUGGAGCAUGAUCUUACAUGGGUUGAGCUCAGUUUUUUGUGUAUUUACGAACAGAAAUGCAUUAAGGACUAAACGUUAGUUAUUUUUAUACAGAAUACCAAGGUCUGUAAUAAGCUCAGAAAAGGGACCGAGUCACUUCCGAACAUGUUCUUUUUAUUGGGUUUAACUGUAGGGAUGUCAGAUUGAUUGAAGGGAGAGUGACAUGCUAGCCUAAUAAUAUUCACUAUUGUUACUGUGUCUUUAGGCACUUCCACACUGAUACCAACUUCUUCACACACAAUUGCUACAGAAUUGUAUGUUUUCCAUACUGUCCCAUCUCCUACCUCAGUUUUAUCGGUGGAUAGACUUUGCUUCUUAAAAGCUGUCAGUCCACGAAAUGGCAAGCUGCACCUUACAGAACUGCACCUGUGUGGAGCUGUUCUGACGCAGCGAUGCAGAAAAAGCAUGCUGUUACAGUAGAAAUGCAUUCCACAUUGUUUGCUAAAACAAUUUAACAACUCACUCAGAUCCAUUCCUGUUUUUAAGUUCUCUUAAUAAAGUGUAUUCCCAAGUGUGGGUUUGUAUUGCCCAAAUCUAGUUUAACAUGCAGGGUGAAUCAGCUUUGUAUUUAUUUGUGUGUGUGGGGUACAUGCUGAGGGAUCAUUUCAAAUCCCACUUUGAUUGAGGUCAUAUGCCUGUUUUUUUCUGAAUUGAAGAAGGCGGUGCUAAACUCAGGAACUUCUUGUUAUGUGUUGGUUCAUGUACAUCAUUACAUUGUAUUUUUGCAGUUGUAGUAAAUCACUGGCCAUCAGGUGGUGCUGUCACGCUGUCUCCUGUUUGCAAUUUCUUAACCUGGAUCAUUUUCAUAGAAUGGAUUGGAAUUUUUUUUGUUUAUCAAACACAUUUAUGUUCUUAAUCAUUUUAAAAUAUAACAUGAAUUUGUUAUACAUUUAUUCUUGUUAAUUUAGCUCAUCAUUAUAUUUUUAAAAUCUAAUUUUAAUGGUGAGCCCAGUUUUGAGCACAGAAUUGUUUCUAAUGUAGAAUUGGAAACUCACAGCACCUGCCCUGAAAUGCAUGAAGAGAGUGCAGCACAGCAGGAUUGUAAAAGCUUAACACAUCACAGUGACGGUGGAUUACUCUAGUGGAGCAUGCUGUUUGUUAUCAGAACAUUAACCAAUAAACAAAAGCGCAGUAAACUGGAUUAUAAAUGCUUUGGGUUACAUUUGCUGAUCUGUGUACUGUACUUGAAAAACAUCUUGAAGGAAGCUCAGUCCCACAGCAAUAAAGCAGACUACAAUAAAUCAGGAGGAAACUAGUUCACAUCUACUUUCUGCAGACUACAUUUACAGAAGCAUUGUCAUUUACAGAAGCAUUCUCAUUUGCCACUUCCACAAUCAUUUCUUCAAAUAUUUAACCCCUGACAUGUAUGUUUUGUGGCAUUGGCACAAAGCAGAGUAAAAUGUCCCAACUAACAGCUUUUAAAGUCCAUGAGCAUUUACAGAUAGCUGCUGCUGCAGUUGGUAGGAGUGAUUUCUUCUAAGUGCAAUCUCAUUUUCCUUCAUUUCUCCCAGUAGGAUAUUGUUUUUGGCUGAUUAAAGCAGCCGCCCUCUAACUGUCUGCACUCCCUCAGCUGUACCAUACUCGCCUCCCCAGACACCGACAGGGUAAAGAAAUGGAACUCUGGCAACUGUAAUGUGCUAUUGCUCAGUGCAACACUUGGUAAAGAAUAAAUAAAUAAACCUGAAUCACUUGCACUAUAACAAAUCUCUCUGCUUGUAUUGAGAAUGUUCUGUUAAUAAUACCACAUUACUGUGAACACAUACAGCGCUGGACCUUGCAAAGAGACUGCACUCGAUUGAUUGUGGUUUAAAUUAGGAAGGGUGGUGGGGGUCAGAUUGUUUUUCCAUUGCAGUAUCCUGUCGGUAAUGGUAAACCUCAGCUGGAAAGUAAAGAGAAUGCAUUAUAUUGUAACUGAACCGUUUCCCCAGCCCUGCUCUAAUGGGGAGUUCUAAAGGUCGUAGUUCAAUCAAUCACAGGUCCCUGUUGACUAAGGAUUGAAGAGGUAAUAGCACAAGCUUGCCAAAAGCAAUGUGCCGGUGCUGUUUUGUUAUGUUUUCAACGUGUGGUGGUUUUUGCAGCUAAAUAUGUCUUUUAAUUUGCAUCAGUAUAGGCACAGGUGUGCUGCUGUGUUAAGAUUACUGCAAUACAGUGCUUGUUCCAGGUCCAUUAUGUUGUCAUUGCUGGUAACUGAUUUGACUCUGGUCUUCGGGACAAUGCACUGGUAUUGCAAUACAUUCUCAUUGUUGUUUUUCAGUCUUUCCUGGAAGGAUGGUUGUGUGAUUCAGGAGACGGGGAAUUCUGCCUUACUUGCCAAAGGAAUAUACUAAGAAGCUGCUACAAUUCUCAUAAGAUCAAGAGAAAAAAAAGUGAUUAAAUUAUAAACGUUUGUCAAAAAAAUACUAGUUUAUUUUUCGGUAUUGCUAUAUGUUUUCCCAGAGUGCCAAGCGUGUAGCUUUAUUACUCUAAAAAGCAGUGGUCUGUCUGAAAAGGAAUAGGAUGUGCAGUUAAAUCUGAACAAAUACUAAAUUCCAGAAAUCCAGCAACAUCUAUAGGAAUGACUCCCUGAAAAUCUACAGUAGAGCACUGGCAGUAUUUCAUUGCCAUACCAACAAUUCUAGAACUAUAGUCCAAUACAUUGCAUAAUAAUGCAGAACACAGCAACACUUCAGUGCAUCUAUUAUGGGGAGUUUGCUGAUCACAAAAAUACUGCAAUGAUCUUUUGCAAAAAAAUGUAAAGGCAAUAACGCCGCUUCUGCAGAUAGCAGCUGCACUGCUGUGCAGAGUCCCUACAUCCAGUUAUGCUGCAGUAUUUGAUGAGAGUUUGUUCUAUUUGUUUAAUUCUGCUAUAUAAUUAGUAUGUCGCCAUAUGUGCUGGUUUGCAUUAUACAUGCACUCACAAGCUGGUGCAUAUGGCAGAGUAUUAAUUCAGUAACCUUUACUUGUUAUGAUGCCACCCACAGUGAAAGGCAAUUCAAACUCUACGUGUGGAGAUGCCGAGCAAAGGCACUACACUGAAGAAGAGAGAGAGGUGGUUCUCUGCCACAUUUGUCAUGCAUUAAAACACAUCACCCAGAAGUACAGUGUAAAACGUUCUUUUUUUUUUAAACGCAUACUAUACUAAAGUGAAAAAAAUAAAAUAAAAAACAGCUCCUUGGGUGUGGUUGCCAUGGAAACAAGGCCUACCAAUGCAAUCGACUGUGAAUGUAGAUUAUAUUUUGACACUAAUUGCCAUGCUGUGUUUAUCUCACCUACAGUGUACUGUAGGUAUUUUUAUUACCAUGUAAAAGUGACAUCACGAUGCACAGCUCAUGUCUGUUCUGAAUUGGUGAAUAGUUUGCCUUGGCAUCUUAACUUAUUCUCAGCUCAGCCAUGCAGGAGAUAUGUUUUCAUCUGUAAACCAUCCCAGCGAUUUGCUGCUUAACAGACUUUUAAAGAGCAAUGUAAUGUUGUUUUUUUUUUUCGUUAUCGUGUUUAUUCUCAAUAUUCGGCCUAAGUGUGCAGCAAGGUGUGUGUCUCUCUAGGGCCUGUAGGUAUUACUGUCGCCACAGGAGCUGUCUGAAAUGGUCUUACUAGACAGCUGGUUCUAGGGGGUGAUGCUCUUAUGAAAGGGACUGGUACAGAAGGGCUUUACUGCAACACCACUUUUUAUUCUGAUUUACAGUACCAUGAGCUGGAACGUAAACUGAAUUUAACAAAGAAAGAUUCAUUUUUUAGUAAGUGCAUCUGUAGCAGUAAUCACAUAAAAAUCACAUUCCUGAAGUAGAAAUCCAUUGGGUAGUCAUUGAAUGUACAUCAAUGCAUGUGCUUGUUUCUGAGACAGGAAUGCGAUGCUACCAUGCCUUAAAAAGAGGAAAUUAAUGAGAUUAUGAAGUUAAAAAAGAAACAAACAAAAAAAAAACUUUCAUCCAAAAGUGGUAUUGCUAACCUUGUCUGAAGUUUCAACAAUCAUGGCAAGAAACUUUUUACUGACAGGUUGACCUGAGCUGAGAGUUCAUAAAGUCUGUUGAGCUUGAACAACUUGGGACUUUUCAUUUUUUUUUUUUUUUGAUGUGAGAUUUGUUUUUUAAACCCAGUAUUGUAGGAUAGGAGUCUGUGAUCUGAUCCUUCCUGUAUUUAAAGCAGAUGGAUAAUCUGAUGCUGCUAUUUAAUCCUGCACAAAAUUGUCCUUCAAUAUAAAAUUGCAAAAAGCACAGGCAUUGUGGCAUUGUGACAUUGUGCUAACGACCGAAGGAAAGGUUUAGGUAACAUCACAGCCUGCUGGAUGGAAAGUCAUCUGAGCUCCCUGAUUACAUCACAGCUCGAUGUGGAGCAUUUGUGUCAGGUCAUCUGCUUGGUAUGUUUUAUAACUGAACUGUCUAUUCAGGUACAUUUAUUAUGAAGUGUCUUAGUUGAUUUUGCUACACACUGUAUUUGCAACUAUUUACUGUGUGUUCUUACAUGGAGAUUGUCACAACUAUGUCAGUGUUUAUUAAAGCAAAAUCAUAUUAAAAUUAAUAUAGCUUUGUUUAUGGUAUUUAGUCAAGAAGCACUAAUUCAUGAUUCCUUUAAAAAAAAAAGAAGACAUUAUUACACAUCACUGCUUAACUGUGUAAUGUCUGCUCUUAAUUAUUGAUCAAAAACUUUAAACUGGAAUGGAAUUUAAUCGCUGCCGUAUGUUUUCUACAUUGCUGCUUUCUGGUUCGAUAGUUAUACAAUCGCUGCAGUACAGUCAGAAUGCACUGAAACACUUCCAAGCUCAUGAAAGAGAGCACUUGCAAACUGAGUGGCUGAUUAACUUGAGCGAGAUACUUUUUUUUUUUUUAAUCUCUGUCAUCGGGGAAACGCAUCCUGACUGCAGAGCAAACUGCGGAGCUGCUUUGUGUUUCGCUGCUGGCUUACAAUCAGACAGAUCCCCUGAGAUGAGAGGCAUCAUUCACCGCAGGAUGGGGGACGAUGUGCUACAGGGACUAGAGGUCUGGCACAUCCCUGACAAUAGUGGAGCUGUUCCACAUGGACCGGAAGACAAUGUUAAAAAGAGAUGUCAGUCGUUAAGGCUUGCAGUUUGCUGUUAAUGGGUUUGCUUGCCAGCAGCAGAUUACUGUUCAAAGAUAAAUGGGCAGCUAAAAGUAAUUUGAUGUAAAAUGGUUGGGAUUUUGGGAUUACAUUUAAGUGUCUCUAAUUACUUUGUAUUUACUUAGUAGUUAAUUUGUAACCAUAUGUGUUUUUAUACAUAAUUACAAUGUUAUUAGACAUAGUUACAGUAUACUUAAUCUUUUUCCAUGAUAUAACCCUAACCAUUUUCUGAUACAAUUUUCCCACAAGAGAGAUCUUUGCAAAGAUACAAGUUCCUCAUGCAAAGGGCAAGUUAAUACAGUAGCUUUCCAGGCACAUCCUACAAGUGUAUCUAAUAAUGCAUCCUCUGUGAAAAAAUCUAAUAAAGGCUUUUAGAGAAAAAAUGUUGGUCCCUGCUUCCAUUCCAUGUCAAAUGCUAGUCUUGACAGAACUCAGUAACUAAGCAGGGCAGGAACAUCUAAGAAGUGG